AUUGGACUGUUGCUGCGACAAUCGUGUGUGAAAGUUCUUUGUUUUGAAGGUUUUGGUAAACACAAAAAUGGUAAAUGAACUCAACAAACCGCCUUCACAGGAAAAUUUAGCGCUUGGUGAGCGCCUGCUCGAUUCGCAAAGGCAAUUGCAAGAGAUGCAGGAGGAACACCGACAGUUGCUACAAGAAAUGCAAGUACUACGACAACGAGCCGCUGCUUUGAGUCAUUUGAAUGAACAGCAAUUCAGUCGUGUUGGCGAACAGCGACGUGGAACGGCACCUACACCUGAUGCACACGAAAAUAAUACAGACCCUCAACAGACCGAUGCUACAGAAUUUGCCGCUGCAGAAGUUGAGGAGCAAGAAACCGCUACUAUUGCCUCACCAAAUGAUGGCGUGGAACAAAGCGCCAAUUUAAAUACAGAGAGCAUUCAAAAAACACUCAGUUCUUCACAAACGAAUGCGUCAGAGAACGACGAGGAUAACGAUGAUCCCGAAACAGCGGAGUAUUUGCAGAAAAAGUUAGCGGAAAUUGCAGCAUUGAAAGCUCGUUUUAAGCAUGUUCAGAACAUUAUGAAUACCACUGAAAAGAUAGAGGAGCACAUAGCCUCGAAAGGUAUUCUAAAUAGCACUGCUACAGCCGCAUUGGAGAGUUCACUAACUAAAUUACUUAUUGCCGACAGUAAAGACGAAGUGCAGUCUCCAUAUGUGACCAGCACAACGACUAUUCAGCCAACUACUAAAUUAAAUGAAAGCGAUACUAAUUUGCAACCAACUACUAAAUUAAAUGAAAGCGAUACUAAUACACAAACUGAAGUUAAAAAAUACGAAAAUACAGCGAACGACGAGGAGCAAACUCUUAAUUCAUAUGCACCAUCACAGGUGGCCAAUGAGGAGCUACUUUCAGCCAUGAUGAAUAUGUUUAGCGAUUUUACAGCAGAUUUACGUAGUCAAGCGGAUGAUUUGCGUGCUGAACGUGAUCGUUUGCGUGCGCUUAAAGAAGAUCUUUUACGCAGGAAGCGUCAGUCAUAAAAUUUUUUUAAGAUAUCCUAUCAUUUUAUUAAAAAAAACAUUUUAUUGAUGGUGUAUGUAUAUGUAUAAUACAUUAUUUUAAUAUAAUAUAAAGUCUACAGAUCUUCAAGUGUAAUGUUGA